CGAAGUUACAGUUCACUAGCUGUGUUAUAUAUAUAUAUAGUCUGCUACCAAGCGCUAGUUGGAUCCCAAGUUCCACAUAUUGCCAAAUUGCUGCUCGAUAAAUAAGGUGGACAAAAAACUGAAGCACUCAUAAAAUGGUCAUAAAAAGUUCAAACCCAGAAAUCCGUCCUUUGGGACGUCAAUAUCCUGAUGAAGUUGUAUCCGGUCCUACGCCGUGGGCUGUGGAAGCAAAUAUCCGUCCUUUAAAUGGUGAACUUUUCAAAUAUCUACCGAAGGAGCCAAAAGAUCAGGUCGAUAAUCAUGUGUCAAAUUCAGCAGAUCAUGUUCCUAGUACUGCUGGACAAACAUUGGUUGAUUUGGUUGCAUUGCCUGAUCAGAGUCCGGGGAAUCAAACAACAAUGCGUGAACAAAAUGUGAGUGAUCCCAUUGCAAUUAUAAUAAUGGAUGAAGUUACAAAAAAGCCUACAUUUUGGCCCGAAAGUUGUAUUUAUAAAGUCCCCGGGAGAUUGUGCAAAGGUUACGAAGACUUCUACACACCUCGGGUGGUUUCAAUUGGACCUUAUCACUACUGCAAUGGAGGAAGCUUGGAAGGAAUGCAAGCCUAUAAAUUCAGAUACCUGGAGGCCUUUUUCAGUCGGACAAACUUGAACUUGGACCACUGUCUUGGAGUCGUAAGAGAGCUAGAAGGAAAAGCCAGGAGUUAUUAUGUCGAGCCAGUCAAACUAAACAGUGAUGAAUUUGUUCUAAUGUUGCUGGUGGAUGGAACAUUUCUUUUGGAGCUAAUGCUUAGGCAUUGUAAUGCAGAAUUUGUUGAUGAUUGUGAUAGGAUAUAUGGCAAGACGAGAGAGAUUCAGGAUGUUUACCGCGACCUUUUGUUGAUUGAGAACCAAAUACCCUUCUUUGUUCUUGAGGCUUUGUAUAAGGAAUUGGAUAGGACUCAUAGGAGACUCCAUCUCCAUCUACCUCUUGUGGAGCUUACACGUGGGUUCUUCAUGAAGUAUUUGGGGAAAUUUGACGAGUUUCUUCAUUAUCCAAUAGAUUCGGAAGUGCAGCAUUUCGUUGAUUUUAUCCGAUGGUACUACUUGCCCAAGUGUGAAAGCAAGAGUGACAGCAAGAGUGACAAUGGGAUUAUCGUUGACGUUCCAAGUGUAACAGCAAUGGACGAGGCUGGAGUCAAGUUUGAGGAAGGGACGAAAUUGAACGCAUUGCUUGACAUGGAAUUCACUUAUGGCUCUCUGCAAAUUCGGCACUUUGUUGUAGAUGAUUGGACUGAGACUCUCUUCAGGAAUCUCAUAGCGUUUGAGCAAUGUCAUGAUCACAAAGUAAAGUACAUCACACAGUUUAUGUUCCUCAUGGGGUGUAUGAUCAGGACUCCAAAGGAUGCAGAUUUACUCGUCAAUCGAGAAAUUAUAUCUAGCAGGCUAGGGAAUAGUGAAGAUAUUUCGACUAUAUUCAACAAUAUUUGCAAAGGUGUGAGCUUGGGUAGUCCAUUCUAUUACUUCACUCUUUGUAAUAAUCUGAAGGCAUAUUGCAGGAGACCAUGGCACAGAUGGAAAGCAACUCUGAAGAGGGACUAUUUCAACACUCCAUGGAAACUGGUUUCUACAAUUGCUGCAUUUGUAUUGCUUGUCCUCACUGUUAUACAAACAGUGUGCUCCAUCAUAUCCCUUUCUUAAUUAUGUCCGAAAUUAGCUUUCAAAUCUUUGUAAAAAUUCUCAGAACUUGGUCACGUUACUUUUUAAGAAUUUCUUCCAACAUGAACUGGUUUUACUGUAAUACUGUUAGAGCCUUGUACUAUUUGAGUUGCAACUGAACUAUCACGAUA